GAUGAUUCGCUCCAUUGUGGCCCGAACAAUGCCCGCCGCGCGGAGUGGGCUUAAAACGGCAGAAGCGCUCGCACGGAGCUCAAUCCUCGCGGGAGACCGGCAGCAACCGUCUGAGAGGACGACAUCCCGAUCCUCUGAUUGAUGGUGCUCACUCUGGUAGGCGGGGCCUCUCUGUGUGGAGUGGCGGCCCUCGUGCUCCUCAUCAUCUCCACGGCAACAGACUAUUGGAUGCAGUAUCGCUACUCCGGGAACGCAGCCAAUCAGGGCCUCUGGAGGUUCUGCAUCAAUCGCAAGUGCCACGCCCACACGCUGACCGUGGCAUUCUGGGACGCCUCGCGGGCCUUCAUGCUGCUGUCGGUUCUGGGCUGUUUCGCUGGACUGCUUUUGGGCGUCACUGCGUCCAAGCGGCCCCGGAGCCGACGAGUGCGGACCGGAGGAAUCGUCCUGCUGCUGUCGGGGUUUCUUGCGCUCUUGGCUUUGGCGAUCUACACCGGCAUGACCGUCAACUUCUUCGGCAAACGCUACAUCGACUGGAGAUUCUCAUGGUCGUAUAUCUUGGGUUGGAUCGGCAUCAUAUUGGCUUUUGCAGCAGGGGUCCUGCAGCUCUGUGCGUUUCAGAGGAGCGUCUCUGAACCGGCGCCUGCGAGCGUCUCCGACAGCUAAAACUCAACAUGAGCUCAUCAUCCGCAAACAUUGCAACAUGAAAUAAACGACUUUUGGACUCUUUCUUUGGUAGAGGAUUUAUUUCUCCGACAGGAUUGAUGGUGCAGCAUGAUCUAACACUGGCAUUACUGGACUCAUGUGGUUAUCAAUACAGAAGACAGGAGUUAUGACUCUGUUUGACCAGUAGAUGGCAUUCA